GAGCUCUAGAGACGGGAAGCAUCUAAUUUGCCUUGUUUCUAGCGCAUUUCCAACUAGCAACCUGAGUCCCUCAAAUCCCAACCAGUUAACCACCUGCAGUUAACCCUUGCGCUUUCUUGGGUUGCGGCAUACAUACCGAUGCUAUCAAGUUGCUGAUAAGAAUUUCUUUUCUCCAUCAUCUUUUCGGUAUCCUGCAUUUGUUACUAUUGGAAACUUCAUCUUGACAAGCAACCAGGCUAUCGCCGAGCCAGGGAGGGGUCAGUCUUUUUUAUUUUUUAUUCUUUUACAGGUUCGCCUUUAUUGUACCUACGCGUCUCAUAUACUGCCGAACUAUACUGACGUGUCUCGGGAAUACAGUCACGUCAAGCAUCAUGUCCGACACGAAUCACGACGAGCGCGAUGUCACCGGAGAGGACCCCAUGGUCAACGAGGAGGGUAAUGAUGAAGAAGAGAUUUCGGCAAUGAAGAAACGCGUUGCCGAGAUGGAGCAAGAGGCGGCUAAGCUCCGCGAGAUGCAUGCUGCACUAGAGGAGAGAGGACAAGAGGUCUCAGAGGACAGAUCCGACGUUGAUAGUCGAAGUAUCUUCGUCGGGAAUGUUGACUACUCUGUCUCUCCCGAGGAGAUACAAGCUCAUUUCCAGAGCUGUGGUUCCAUUAACCGCGUCACUAUCCUGCUGGACAAGUUUACUGGCCAACCUAAGGGUUAUGCGUACGUCGAGUUUACCGAACCGAGCCUCGUCGCCCAAGCGUUGGUGCUGAAUGAUAGUGUUCUCAAGGGACGUAACAUCAAAGUUACUCCCAAGCGAACCAAUAUCCCGGGCCUUAGCCGUGGCCGUGGUGGCCGCGGCCGCGGCGGAUUUGGCGGUUCGGGACGAGGCUAUUACGGUGGAAGAGGUGGGUUUGCGCCACGAGGAGGCAUCUACCGGGGUGGUUAUCGGGGUCGAGCACGAGGCAAUGGUUUUAAUCCGUACUGAGCUUGGCUGGGCUCAUCUUCUCAAGUCUUCCAGUCCCGGCCCCUGAGAGACGUUGAAGAUCGCACAAGCGGAGAAGGGGGGGAAAUUUAUAAUUGUUAACGCAAAGGAACAUGGUUACCUACCUAUAGCCUUGGGUUCUAUAGGAAUUGGCAGACGAAUGUC